AUGGACCCCACCGGCGGCAGCUGCAUGCGCGGCCCCCAACCCCCGGCCCCGCUCUGGGGCUGCCUGCGGGGUGCUGACGUCCCCACAGCCCCAGGCCUGGGUCACUGCCCCCCAGCCCCAUUCUCCUUCCACCCCAAGGCGGAUUUCGCUGCUUAUUCUGAAUUCUCAGCCUCCUGCCUGCUGAGCGCUGCCCACUGCGUCCCGCCCGACGAGCAGCCCCCCGCGUUCCGUCCCCACCCCGAGUGGCAGCAAGUGACAACCGAGGCCCGGAGACUGCUGAACCCGGGGCUGGCGUUGGCCUCUGGGGACGUGGAGAGCCCCAACCUCGUGAGCACAGCGGUGGGUGCAAGUGAAGAUUACGAGGCACCGGUAAACAGCGCGAUGGAGACGGAGAGAAAAGCUUCCAAAAGGAAAAAGGAGCACUCAGAAAGCCAGCCCGCCAGCAGCAAGGCAGAAGGGAGCAGCAGGUCGCGGAAAGAGAGGACGGCAUUCACCAAGGAGCAGCUGCGGGAGCUGGAGGCGGAAUUUGCCCACCACAACUACCUGACACGGCUCAGGAGGUACGAGAUCGCCGUGAACCUGGACCUCACCGAGAGACAGGUCAAAGUGUGGUUCCAGAACAGAAGGAUGAAGUGGAAGCGCGUGAAGGGCGGGCACCCGGUGUCCCCCCCCGAGCCCGAUGCAGAGGACGCCGACUCCGCCACGUCCCCCAGCUCCGAGUAGUGUUGUCAAGAGAUGCUCGGAGCAUGUGUGACACUGCAGAGGGACACUGCAGCCCCAUGUGUUGGCCCUGUGGG